CACAAAACUGAAGUCCUCGCCUGCAGCUCCACUUCAUUGCUGCUUGUUCGUCGUAGCCGCCAUGUUCUUCCUGAAGCAGCUUUCGCGCGACUUGCUGCUGCACCCGAUGCAUUUCGGGCCUAAGCUGCAUGAUAUUAUCCGUCUGCGCCUGAUCGAGGAGGUGGAGGGCACGUCCAUGGGCAAAUACGGCUACGUUAUUACGGUCACGGAGGUGCGCGAUGAGGAUAUCGGCAAGGGCGUGAUCCAGGACAACUCGGGCUUCGUGUGUUUCAACAUCCGCUACCGCGCCAUUCUCUUCCGCCCAUUUAAGAACCAGGUACUGGACGCCGUCGUGACGGUCGUGAACCAGCUCGGAUUCUUCGCGGACGUGGGUCCGCUGCAGGUUUUCGUGUCCCGACAUGCCAUGCCCACUGACCUCAACAACGGCUACGACCACGAGAGCAACGCCUGGAUCUCGGACGACCGCGAAGUCGAGAUCCGUAAGGGCUGCGGUGUGCGGCUCAAGAUCAUGGGCGUCAGCGUCGACGUCACGGAGAUCAACGCUAUCGGAACCAUCAAGGACGAUUAUUUAGGCCUCAUCUCGUCCGACAAUUAACCUCCUGGCUGUGAUUACCUUGAGGAACUCUUGCCGUCGAGCAAGAAACGUAGUUCUUACCACUUUUUGGAUUCAUAUGGCUACAUCUUUUAAGUGAUGAUGCAUAUUUCGUUCUAUUUGCCAACUGACUGAGCUCUACGGUGCUAUCAGCUGACAGUCGGCUCUUUACAGCUCCAGGAAGUGCGUGGACUUC